AUGGCAAGAUGGCUUUUGGAUCUAGUAGAAUAUGAUAUCACUUGUGUUACUCCCAAGGCUAUUAAGGGCCAAGCACUUGCAGACUUACUGGCCCAAUUCCUAUAUGGUGAACAUGAAUCUGCAGAGGUACCCCUACCAGGUGAAGUCCAUAUCUCAGCAGCUGCAAUUGAGACUUAUUGGGACUUAAAAUUUGAUAGAACUUCCGUAGCUGGGAAAGGUGGAGUUGGCGUAACACUAACCAGUCAAGAAAGAGAGAAGUUUCAUCUAUCAUAUAAGCUUGACUUUGAGUGUUCAAACAAUGAGGCUGAAUAUGAGAUGCUGAUAUUGGGUCUAAUAAGUGCCCAAAAGAAGGGCCUCCACAAGUUGAAAAUUUGGGGUGACUUCAAGUUCGUUGUCAAGAAAAUGAUGGGUGAUUUCGCCUUGAAGGAGCCUCUGUUGGCCCCGUAUCGUACCAUAGUUCAAAAGUUGCUCACUCAGUUUGAUGAUGUCCAAAUCCAGCAUACUUCUCAAACACACAAUCGUUUUCCCGAUGCCUUGGCUACACUAGAGGCAAUGGUAAAGAUGCCAGAUGAUAGUAUAGCCAUCGUUAUCGAGCAAAAAACAACACUAGCAGUGCUAGCCAUAGAACAUACAGAGUAA